UGAUACACAGCUUAACCUUAGAAACGCAAACAGUCUGUGGCUUAUUAAACCAACCUAUGCUUGCACUAAGACACAUCGCGGUUGGAAUUACCACCUAGUCACAUCAAGCAUGCCUCCUAGUAUAUUUGCAAGACAGAGUGCCGAGGUUGAUUGGUGUGAGUCAAACUACUUGCACUCUGAGAAUGUAGCAGAGUAUUACAACACGGUAAGCUAAAUCGAGUUGAAAAAAAAAAAGGCCAGAACAGCAGCUCAGAUGUUCAUUGUUGAACUGACACAGUGAUCCAGUCCUUAAAUUUCACUUCAUUAAUAAGUCAGUAAUGUCGUCUUUUUUCUGGUUGGUCCCCUGAUGAUGUACCUCUUGCAUCCAUAUGCCUGUAAACGAUCCCUAGCUGUUCACCUCGUUUGGAUUAUGUUCAUCAUUGUUGGGCUGUUUUCUACAUACUACCACAUGACCUUGAGUUACUUGGGGCAGUUGCUGGAUGAGAUCUCUAUUCUGUGGGUUAUUGCUAUGGGUUAUUCCAUUUGGUUUCCCAAGCCCUACUUCCCGGAUUUCAUCAAAAACAGGCAUCAGUUUGGAACCAUCAUUUUUAUUGUUGCUGCAAUCAGUACUCUAUUGUCGUUUGUGAAGCCAGUGGUUAACGCCUAUGCCUUGAACUGUAUAACCUUCCACAUACUAUAUGUAGUAGUGAAGGAAAUAAGGAAGUGUACUGAUCCAGCCAUCCGACAUUUAGCUUUCCUUUCCUUUAGCUUAUGGCUGGUGGCCAUUUCCUGCUGGCUCAGUGAUCGUUUUUUCUGCGAAUUCUGGAGAACUAUUAACUUCUGUUACCUGCAUAGCCUUUGGCACAUUCUUAUCUGUAUCACUGUGGUAUACAGUAACACACUAUUUGCCUACUUUGAUGCCCUGUACGAGAUUCCCGAGUGCCAGGCUCAGGUUCAGUAUUGGCCUUUUAAGUCUUCACGCAUUGGACUCCCAUAUCUGGAAAUCACCAAAUGUUUUGUUCCUAAAAAGCACUUCUAGCAGAUAAUGCGGCCUUUUAAACGAUAUGGAUGGUUGGAUUUUUAACUUCCUUUUUAUGGCUGUAAUAUUUUUAUACGGAAAUAAAUGUAUUUAUAAGUGUU